GUAUCUAAUUAGAAAAGACAUUUACUUUUGCUUUUAAACAGGAGGAUUAACGGCAAUAGUUUGGACAUUAUAGAUUAUAAUCAUCCCCACUGACAACCACACCUGCAUUUUUUUAAGACCAUUCUUCAUUCACUGAUUGUUACACCUUUUCAUGCACUGAUUGAUUGGCUCCAAACUCACACACACAUAUAUAUAUAUAGCAAGCAUGAGCCCGUCUCUACAAAUACAGACCAACCAAGGGAACUCGCCCCCUAUGAAGCACGCGAAACAUCGAUCGGUGCAAUAUUUCACCCCUGAACAAGUACGACAACACGAUACUCCCGAUGACUUGUGGAUGAUCAUAUAUAAUAAGGUUUACGAUGUUACCACAAUUGCCAAGGAGCACCCAGGAGGAAUAGAAGUUUUGUUUGAUUGUGGUGGUGAAGAUGCCACUGAAUCAUUUGAAGACGUUGGUCAUUCCGAUUAUGCCUUCUCGCUAUUGGCUCCUGGGUACCUUGGAGAAAUUAUCCCCGCUCAACAGAUUCAAUAUUCUAACCCCCAGCCGCAGAUUAUUUACAACACAUCAAAGCCUGACAUAAAGUCCGAUGAUAUUUGGAACUUGGGUAAACCUGCAAAGAAAAAUUGGGAAUGGUUAAGGUUUGGGGUUCUUUCAUUACUUGCAUUAUUAUCAUUAUUACUGUAUAUUUAUUUACAAAAGCGAAAAUGGGGGGAUCUAGGAAUAUAAACUUCCUCCGUGUGGAUUUUAUCCCAUUAACUUUGUUUUCAUUUCUCUAGUCGUAUUUUUUUUUGAAUAUACAUUUGCAUUUGGG